AUGCACCGGGCCGGGAGCGGGACCGGAGCCGCCGCGACACAGACACCCGGGGGCUUCCGAGGGUUUGGCAGGAGGAGCCGGCGCUGCAGCUCUGUGGGGAAAGGGGACUUCACAGGCGGCCUCUAUGGCACCAGCCUCCCGCUCACCAGCCUCUCCGACUCCCGCCAGAAUAUACAUACCAGUGAUUUGGAAGAUGAUGUCCACCUUCCUGAAAAUAAAUACUGUGUCUUGGGAGACAAGACUGGCACAGGAGGUGUUCUUUCAAGCAAGUUCCACAAGGAUGCUUACACAACAGCAGUAGAACAACUGGCAGAUCUUAGGUUGUCAAAAAAUAGGACUGGAACACAGCUCAGUCAAAAUAAUAGCCAGGAAGGGAUCUUUCAUUCCUGGAGAUAUACACACGAUCAAAGCAAUUCUACUGUGAACAGAGACUCCAAUAAGCCUCUAGUGGAAAAACUUUCCAGCUCACAUGGUAAUUCUUUAAACUUCUUUAUUGUUAAUCCCACAUUGGUCGGGACCCAUAUGAACAGCUAUCACACAAUGUCUUACCGGGGACCUCAGCAGAUGCCAUUAGGAAUCUACUGGACAAAUGGAGAUGGGGAUUUUUUCAAGGCCAGAAAUGAAACCACAGCUUCUGACUCUUAUCCUGCUACAGAUAGUAGUAGUGAUGACAUUUUCUGUAUGUCCAAAUGGAAUUUGAAGUUGCGAAACAGCAGUGUUGAGAACACUCUUUUAACAGAGGAAGGUGAUGUUUCUGAGAGUGAAAAAACGAAUGAUGUUUUGCUUAGUUAUUUCAAAUAUAUGGAUCUGAACUUAAGACCAGAAACUAUAGAAAACACUGAAAAAGCUUCCUCCAAGCACCAAAAUGAAGUGUUUCCAUACCCUGAUUUUCUCCCACCACCUUUCAAUAACCUGGACUUACAAAAGUUGGCCUUAUCAAAAUGGGAUGACUGGAAGGAAGUCUUUAAUCCACCACCAGAAAGCUCUGUUGUGAAAUUAAUAUCCCGUUUGCUGGAAAUUGAAAGAAUGCAGCACUUGACUAUAUUAAAAGAGAAGACAAGAGACCUGACAAUAUCUUCCGGUAUGAUGCUUGGCAGUUGGCCCAGUUCCACAAAAUCCAUGCAUCAGUUGAAGCGAUCAAGACUGUCUGACCCUUUAUGUCUUCAGACAUCUUUUAAUCGAGACUAUCAAGAGAAAAAUAAAUCCAACCAUUCUGGCUGCUGCAUGCAUGAGUGGAACAGUUCAAAAUCUACUUGGGAGUACUGUCAUCAUUGCAAAUGGAGUGCUGGAACAUCCUCCAUUAGAAGUUCAUCCACAAAGCAGCUUAGAGCAUCUUGUGAUGCCUUUAAAAACUCUAAAACCCCCAUCAUUUUAAACUCUAAUAUGCUCUUGCGGAGGUCUUCCUCAUGCUGUGUGGCGGCACCAAGAACUCAGUCAACUAUUAAAUUGACUUCCCCAAAGCUGCUGCCACCAAGUACAGCUAUAACCAGUCCUUUCCCUGAUAAGGACAGUUUAAAAUAUAAACAACCAAGGACCAAAAAGAAACUCUACAGAAAAAACGUAGUAACGAGUAAGACUUUUCAUUGCCAGAAGUUAAAAUCUGUAUCUGCUAUGCCAAAGCAGAAGUACACUCACACUGACAAACAGUAAUUUCUUGAAUUCAUACUACUCAUUAUGAGUGAGUCCUGCUAAGCAAUCUUGUUUUAUCUUGAUUUUUUUCAAGUUAAAGUAUUUUUAAUGGUAUGAGACAGAAGUGAUAUGAAAUAGCACUUGUGACAGUUGAAUCCACUUGUAUUGUAGAAAAAUCAAGUUUUAUCCCUCUGCCUGCUGACAUCUUUUACAGCCUAUUUGUGUAACUUUUAAAAGAAUUGGAUCAAUAUAAGCAUUCCAGCAGAUCAUCCCGUUCCCGAGUGCCACUAUAUUUUUUUAAAUGUUUACAAAAGUAAUAUCAAUAAAGUAUAGUUAUAUUGCACUAGCACCCAGAAAAUCCCACUCAGCGUCAGUGCUUCCCCAUGCACUAGGUGCUGUAUUAAUACAUGGAAGAUACGGUGUCAACCAUGGAGCAUUCACAAUCUAAGUGCAAUAUGAAGGGUGGGAAGAGAGAAAAAUACAAUUUCUAUACAUUUGUCAUUUUUUUCUGAUACAUAGAUUAAGGACCAAUUAUCUGAUUAUACACAUGGGAAAAUAGUGAAGCAAAAUGAAUGUAGUGC